UUUUCUAGUGCUUUUUUCUAACACGUAAGAUUCUUGUCUUGACAGUCCGUGGAACAGCAUUAUAGAUUCAUCAUGGCUUCGAGAUUUAUCCUAUUAUUAUUAACAAUUGUAGCAACUCUUUCAGAAGUGAAGAGCGAGAACUGGGCAUUACCGGUUGCCUUGGGGCAGUUUCCUUUCAUUGCAAUCAUUAGAUACAGUAAUGGGCCGGUUGCCAUUGGGGCCCUGAUCGCUCGACGCCUGGUUUUAGGGUCUGCCGCCCAUAUGUUUCGCAGGCCUGUAAGCAUUAUGAUCCAAUUGGGAUGCAUAUCAGUGCGCAAUUGUUAUACUCCACAGAUCCCAGUUUCUGAAGAUUACGAUGAGACAUACCCUACACUUAUCAUUUUUAGGCUCAUGGCGGAGGCCGAAUUGAGUGACACGAUUCGAAUAAUUCCAUUCGCUCCUCCAAGAGAUUAUAGUAACUUAAUGUGUGAAUACGUGGGGUUGAAUGGACGUAAUGGCAUCAUAUACUGGAUGCCAGUGAGGCUUUCCGAUCGACAAUCGUGCCUAAAAAAAAGGGUGAAUGUUCCUGAGAACCACGCAUGUUUCCAAGAUUUUGCCCCGUCUAUAAUUCUACCCGAUAAAACCCUUGGCGGGUCAAUAAUUUGCGGGGAACGUUUGGUCGGAAUGAUGAGCAUGUAUUCAGUUCUUCACAAAACUGGUCCACACCGCAUGUACGAUUUAACUACAAACGCGCGUCAGCGCGCUGGUAUGCAACGAUUUCUGUAAGAGAGUUACGAAUUUGUAAUCUCGCGCCACUUUAGGCGGACCAAUAAGGAAUCGUCGCGUCA